AACACUUCCGGCGGAAGUGGCGCCCACGUGGACUGUGUGAGCGCAGGAAAGUGUGGAGUACAGCCGGGAGUCUGCACGGGUGAUAGAAAUCAAGAUUGAAAGAUGGAGGAAAAGGAGCAAAAGAAACAUCGCAAGAAAAACAGCGGGGCCAAAGCCAACAAGAAGCGGAAGCGGCAUCAAGCAGAGGGCGAAACUGAGGAAGAUGCCAGGAAGAGAAACCCCAAAGCCUUUGGCGUGCAGUCUGCUGUGCGCAUGGCCCGAAACUUCCACAGGACACAAGAUAUUAAGAUGAAGAAGCAUCACAUACCAGUAGUGGACCGUACUCCCUUGGAGCCACCUCCUGUCGUCGUGGUAGUUGUUGGGCCCCCAAAAGUUGGAAAGAGUACACUGAUUCGCUGCUUGAUUAAAAACUUUACCAAGCAAAAACUCUCUGAGAUCCGCGGACCUGUUACAAUCGUCUCUGGAAAGAAAAGACGUCUUACCAUUAUCGAAUGUGGAUGUGACAUCAACUCAAUGAUUGAUUUGGCAAAAGUUGCUGACCUGGUUCUCAUGCUCAUAGAUGCUAGCUUUGGUUUUGAAAUGGAGACCUUUGAGUUCUUAAAUAUUUGCCAGGUCCAUGGCUUUCCCAAAAUAAUGGGUGUCUUGACCCACCUGGACUCCUUUAAGAAUAACAAACAGCUGCGCAAGGUCAAGAAGAGGCUGAAGCACAGGUUUUGGACAGAAGUCUAUCAGGGUGCAAAGCUUUUCUAUCUGUCUGGAAUGGUUUAUUCAGAAUAUCAAAAGCAAGAAAUACGUAAUCUGGGGAGGUUCAUCUCUGUGAUGAAGUUUCGCCCUCUGGUUUGGCAGACAUCACAUCCUUAUGUACUUGCAGACAGGAUGGAAGAUCUGACUAACCCAGAAGAUGUCAGGCUAAAUCCAAAGAUAGACCGGAAAGUCUCAUUGUAUGGCUACCUUCGGGGGGCCUAUUUGAAAAAUAAGACCCAAGUUCACAUACCAGGUGUUGGAGAUUUUGCCUUCUCUGAGGUAAGCUUCCUUCCUGACCCGUGCCCCCUCCCAGACCAGCUGAAAAAGCGUUCUCUGAAUGAGAAGGAGAAGACAAUUUACGCCCCGCUCUCGGGUGUUGGAGGUGUUGUCUAUGAUAAAGAUGCUGUUUAUAUCGACCUUGGACCAAACUAUGCUCAACAAGAACAGCAGAGAGCUGCAAAACCCUCACAUGAACUGGUCCAGAGUCUCAUUUCAACCAAUGUCACCAUCGAUUCCAAGAUGUCCACCAGCAAAGUGUCUUUAUUCACUGACUCAAAACCUCUGGGAAUGGAGGAUGUUGAGAGCAAAGAGUUUGAAAUGCCAACAGAGGAAAAAGUAAUAGAUGCUGAAACUGGUCGGGUGCGUCGUAAAGCCGUAUUCAAAGGAGACCAAAAUCAGGAAUUUGAUGAGGAAGAUGCCGAUGAGGAAUCUGAAAAUGAAGCGAAGGAUGAUGAUGAUGAUGAAAUUGGUGAGGAUGAUGAUGAAGCUGAUUUGUCUGGGGAAGAAGAUGAAGAAGAUGAUUGUGAAGAUGAUGAUCAACAUCCAAGUCGACGAGUUGCAAAUAAAGUUAAAGCAGAGGAACAUCUUAAACCAAAUAGUUCAGAGAUGCCAGCUUUUGCAGACAGCGAUGAUGACCUGGAGCAGAGUGAGGAUGAAACGGCUGAGGAAGAAGACAGUGAUGAGAAUGAUGUUGUGGUAAAGAAAAAGAGGACUUCAACGAAACGGACGUGUUCGGACGAUGGAGGUAGAAAAUCAACAGCCGCUUUGGAUAGUGGGAACUGCACUGGUGAGGAUGGCAAAUCAUCUGAUUCUGAAGAAGUAGAAGACAUGGCUACUGAUGAAGAGCCACCUAAAGGUGUAAAUGAAGAAUCUGAAAGCACAUCUGAAGAGGACAGUGGUGAUGAAGAAAACUUAUUAAGAGAAGAUGAAGACUUCAUGGAAGACAGUGAUGCCUCUGAAGACACAGCUGGAGCUUUGAAGUGGAAAGAAGACCUGAAGAAGAAAGCAGCUGAAGUUUUCCUUCGACAGCAGCAGUCUGUUCCUAACCUCCGAAAACUUGUCUAUGGAACAGUGGUUGAGAAUGAGGAAGAGGACGAUGAUGAUCAUGAAGGAGAACUUGGUGGUCUGUUCCAUGUCAGUCGUCCAGAUAAGGAAUCUAAGAGAGCAUCAAAUGCACUAGACUGCUCGAAGUUUACAGUAGAAAGUCCUCAAGAUUGGGAUGAUGAUGAGGUUAUGGACUGCAUUCGUGAUUGCUUUGUCACUGGAAAGUGGGAAGCCGAUAAAGACGCAGAGAAGCUGCUACAAGAAGAUGAGGAGCUGUAUGGUGACUUUGAAGAUCUGGAAACAGGGGAAGUGCACAAGGGCAAACCCAAGUCCCAGGAUAAGGAGUCUGAUGGGCAAGAUGAGGAGGGAGAUGAAGAGAAAGCAGCAGAUGAAGCUGCUCCAGCAGAGGAAGAAGAGACAAAGCAGCGUCUGCAGAAGAAGAAGCAUCUCAAGGAACGCUUUGACAUGGAAUAUGACGAUGGAGACGCUGAUGCCACAUAUUUUGAUGACUUAAAAGGAGAGAUGCAGAAGCAAGCAGAACUGAAUCGUGCUGAAUUUGAAGAUCAAGAUGAUGAGAUCCGUGUGCAGUACGAAGGCUUCCGGCCUGGCAUGUAUCUCCGGAUGGAGAUUGAAAAUGUGCCCUGCGAGUUUGUUCUCAAUUUUGACCCUCACUACCCACUGAUCCUUGGUGGACUUGGCAACAGCGAGGGAAAUGUUGGCUACAUCCAGAUGCGGCUUAAGAAGCAUCGUUGGCAUAAGAGGAUAUUGAAGACAAGAAACCCCUUAAUUUUUUCCCUGGGCUGGAGACGAUUCCAGACUAUUCCUUUGUAUUAUAUUGAGGAUCAUAAUGGACGUCACCGGCUUCUUAAGUAUACCCCUGAACACAUGCAUUGUGGUGCCACUAUUUGGGGACCUAUCACUCCUCAGGGUACUGGCUUCCUAGCAGUCCAGUCUGUUAGCAGCACCACAGCAGACUUUCGCAUUGCUGCUACAGGUGUGGUUCUGGAUCUGGACAAAUCUAUCACAGUAGUGAAAAAACUAAAACUGAUCGGCUACCCCUGCAAAAUCUACAAGAAUACCGCCUUUAUUAAGGGAAUGUUUUCUUCUACUUUGGAAGUGGCCAAAUUUGAAGGAGCAUCAGUACGAACAGUUAGUGGUGUCCGUGGGCAGAUCAAGAAAGCGUUACGGACGCCAGAAGGAGGAUUUCGAGCAACAUUUGAGGACAAACUCUUAAUGAGCGAUAUUGUGUUUCUGCGCACCUGGUACCCGGUUACUGUUCCAACCUUCUAUAAUCCUGUGACCUCACUGUUGAAGCCUGUGGGACAGAAGGAGUCCUGGACUGGAAUGAAAACUGUGGGGCAAUUGCGGCACGAGCUUGGAAUCAAACUGAAACAACGUAAAGACUCCCUCUACAAGCCCAUUGUGAGGCAAGAAAGGCACUUCAAUCCACUCCAUGUACCUAAAGCUCUGCAGAAAGCACUGCCAUUUAAGAGUAAGCCCAAGACGAUGGAAAAGAAGAGUCGGGUGACCAGGGACAAGGUGCGGCCUGCUGUUAUCCGGGAACCCCAUGAAAGAAAGAUAAUGGCCCUUUUAACUGCACUGGGCACAGUGAAUAAUUAUAAGAAACAAAAGGCCAAGACAAAGCACAAGCAACAGAGGAAGGGGUUUCUGAAUCAGAAGAGAAAGGACGAGGAAGAAAAGCUGAAGAAACAGAAAGAGGCCAGGAAAAAGCUCUUCCGUACAAUAGGACAAAAAGAGAAAAAGAAACAAAAGUCAAGUCUCAAAGGCCCAGAGCCAAAUUGAAAACCUUGAUCUCUCAAGGUUUACAGAUCUAUGUAAAUAUGGCAGACUUUAUUUUAGACUUCUUUCUGGAGUCUUUAGUGCUUGGUAUCAUCCUGAAACUCCUGAAGUUUAUUUAACUUUUGUUUUUUAAUACAGGUAUUCUUUAAACCCAAGAUGGUUUAAAGAUAUUUAGGAAUUUUUUAGGAACAGAUUAUUUGUACAUAGCAAAAUUAGAAACUUGGACCUUAAAUGACUCUUGACAUUGUCCAUUUAUUGAUCCAUUAGUUGGAAUAUUGACAGUCAAUAUCUUAAAAAGCCGUUGAGCUCUACUUGUACCAUGAGGGAGAACUUUCUCUUGUACCACUGUAUUCAUGUUUUCCUUUUCUGCUAUGGAAUCCAUAGAAUAAAGACAUGCUGGUAUAUGAUCCAUACUUAUUGGCCU